GAGGGUACCGGGGAGACUGGGGAAGGGCUUGUGCACCGGUCCGGGGCUUACUGGGGAACCGGGGACCAGCCGGAGCGGGGUCGCGGGCUGCCAAAACAUGGGAGACAGCGACGAAUAUGCAUUGCGGUGCCAGGGCACAGAGCCACAAACCCACUGAACAGAGAGCUGGAAUGGGAGAGCAUCCAAACCUUCUGUGUGAAGCUCAACAAAGACCUGGAGGGUCCUCAACUCGCCACCAGACUUCUCGCUCAUAAGAUCCAGUCGCCACAGGAAUGGGAAGCUCUACAGGCCCUAACGGUGCUGGAAACGUGUAUGAAGAACUGUGGCAAGAGGUUUCACAGCGAGGUCGGGAAGUUCCGCUUUCUCAACGAGCUGAUCAAAGUGGUGUCUCCCAAGUAUCUGGGUACCCGCGCCCCUGAGAAGGUCAAGUUGAAGAUCGUGGAGGUGAUGUACAGCUGGACCAUCGGACUCCCGGACGAAACCAAGAUCGCAGACGCCUACCAGAUGCUGAAGAAGCAGGGGGUUGUGAAGAUGGACCCGGUUCUACCUGACGACAAGCCCCUCCCCCUGCCUCCCCCUCGCCCCAAAAACACCAUUUUCGAGGACGAGGAGAAGUCCAAGAUGCUGUCUCGACUUCUCAACAGCACUCACCCUGAAGACUUGAAGGCUGCAAACAAGCUCAUCAAAGAGAUGGUGCAGGAGGAUCAGAAGCGAAUGGAGAAAGUGUCCAAGCGCGUGAACACCAUCGAGGAGGUGAAGAGCAGCGUCAAUCUACUGACUGAGCUGCUGAGCUCCUACACCGCAGAGACAACCUCGCAGAGCACUGAAGAGACCAUCCAGGAGCUGUACCAGCGCUGUGAGAAGUUGAGACCCACCUUGUUUCGACUGGCCAGCGACACGGAGGACAAUGAUGAAGCAUUGGCCGAGAUCCUGCAGGCCAACGACAGCCUGACACAGGUGAUCAACGCGUACAAGCAGGUGGUGCGAGGAGAGGAGGUGAACGGGGAGAGUGUGGGAGCAGCCAGGAUAGCAGGCAGCAGCUCCGCCCUCCUCGACCUGACGGGAUUGGACACGUCUCUGACCACGCCCUCUUACCCAGCAUUCCCCAGCCUCUCCGCCGGGCACUGGGCCCCACCCCCAGAUGCCGGCCACUCCCUGCUUGACGACGAGCUCAUGUCGCUAGGUUUAAAUGACCCCAAUCCUAGUUCAAACGCAGCCUCCCAGUCUCUAGAAUCCACUGGGUGGAAUUCAUUCCAGUCCUCCGACACCGUGGAGCCAGCUAUCCCAGCAAACCCUGCAGCAGUGUUGAAGCCGACAGCUCCCAGCCAGGCCCCGCCCCCUGCAGGCCCCUCCUCCACGCAGGCCCUGCCCCCUGGCAGCACUGGGCUGGAUGAUCUGGACUUGCUGGGGAAGACUCUGUUACAGCAGUCCCUCCCACCAGAGAACAUGCAGGUUAAAUGGGACAAGCAUCUGAACCAGCACAAGCCCUCCCUCCGGGACCUGCAGCACAGGACCCAGACCGUCGGCGCUCUCCCCAGCACCCCCUCCCCCGGCCCGGCCUCCUCCCAGCAGACUGGGGCUCUCCCGAACUCUCAGCCCAGUGGAGGGGCACCACAGCCAGCCGGGGAGAUCUCUCUGGCGAACGUGACUGUUCCUUUGGAGUCCAUCAAACCCAGCAGUAUCCCCCCGGUCACAGUGUUUGACAGGCACAGUUUUCGGGUGCUGUUCCACUUCGCGCUGGACCCCCCUCCCGCUCGGCCGGACGUCCUGGUGGUGGUGAUCUCGAUGAUCAGCACGGCGCCCGUCCCGGUGCAGAACAUCGUGUUCCAGUCCGCUGUGCCCAAGGUGAUGAAGGUGAAACUGCAGCCCCCGUCGGGCACAGAGCUGCCCGCCUUCAACCCGGUGGUGCCGCCCGCAGCGAUCACACAGGUGCUGCUGCUCGCCAACCCACACAAGGAGAAGGUGCGGUUGCGGUUCAAGCUGACCUUCACAAUGGAGGAGGAGACCUUCAGUGAGAUGGGAGUCGUGGAGCAGUUCCCAGCGGCAGAGUCCUGGGGCAGCCUUUGAGAAGAUUACAGACCCUCCAUCCUCCCCGUCUCUCAACACAGCUCCUUCAUUCACCCCCCUGACACAGCGCUGCCCCCUGCUGGUCUCCUGUCCACAGCACCAUCAUUCACCCAACCACAGCGCUGCCUCCUGCUGGAUUUAUCGUAGCACAGCCUCCGACGAGCUUGUUUCUUUGUUUUGUCAACUCUAUCAUGUGGAUGGAGAAAAAAAACACAACUCUCUUCUAGUCUUGAUAUCUACAGCUCUGGCAAAGUUUUGCAUCACUUAGAACUUUAGGACUGAGACAUCAACUGUAUAAGCAGAAUUUAGAUCUUUUAUUUCACAUCGUGUAAUCAAAGAAACUACAAAAUGAUAUCGCAAAAAAAAAAAAAAAGUACUAGAAGCCAUAACAGUAGUGUUUCAUGUUAGAUUUUGAAAUGUCACAUUUAUUCAAUUGUUUAAGUAUAUGGGAAACUAGAAAGCGGUGUGUAAUUCAGUAUGUUAACAUAACAUUAUUCAGCAAGUUUCAUUCAACUUUAUGAAGCAAAAAUUAGUUUGUUCUAUAGCGUGAUGCAAAACUUUUGGCCAUAGCUGUAAGUGGCUCUCUUGCGCUCCCUGGUGGCUCACUUUGUGUUUAACAGCCUGUACCUUAUGUCGGUCAGGAUAGAAAAUGCUAACCGUGAACACUCGCUAUGAAAAUGAUAAAGGGGCUGCGAGGCAGCGGAGGGUUAUUUCUGUUCUGGGGGUGACUAACACUGGUACAUUCUGCAUUAAAAUGGGGUGCAAGGCUUUUCAGAAGUUUUCGCUGGCAUGUUCAGCUCGUUUUUGCACACCCCUCUCCAGUCCUCACUGCUAGUAUCAACUUUACUAUCAGUGAACACUAACAGUUUGCCUACCUGCUUGUGUGUGUGUGGCUGAGGUCUCUCGCUCGUUUCAAACUAACACUACUGUACAAUAAUAAAAUGAUAGAACUGGUUAUCAACACCUGAUUCAAAUAAAAACACCCACAACAUUGUUGAUCUGUUGUCUUUUACCUUGGCUUAUGGAAUGGGGGGAAACAAAAAAAAAAAAAACACAAAAAAAAUUGUAUGUAAAUAUUUCGUUGCACAAUCAUGUAUAUUUACAAAAACAAUGUAGUGCAAAUAUGUAUUUAUAGGAAAUAAAGUUUUCUUUGGGUUUA